UUCUCUUUACUCAUGUUAAAGUAUUACUACUAUUAUAAGAAGAAUGGAUUAAUAACUAACAAAUCUGAUUAGUAAAAUAAUACUACUAGAGUUUAAUACUAUAAAUGAAAUCUUCACAACGUCAAACAGACAACAAUGGGUCAAUCUUGUUUCUUCAAUGUUCUUAUUGUUUCCUCUCUUUUACUACUAGUCUUCUUCUCCACUGCCAUGGGGAGAAACUUGCAUACUGCGAGUUUACAAGGAGUUUACAGUGCUGCUGAGCUAUCUCCCUCCAAGGAUGAGAGUGUGCGGAACAUGAUGGAGCUGAUGGAUUAUCAACCGGUGGAGUCUAAUACCAACUGGAAUGGUUUCGUCGCCACUCCUCCUCCCCAAUCUCCUCCACUUUCAUAAUUUCGAAAAAAAAAAACUAUUUUCGGGAUUCUUUUUGGAAAACAAAGUUUGAUAUCUGAUAUUUUUGCAAUAAGUUACAAAAUGUAAUUUUGGUAAGUUAAGUUUUACUGUCUCAAUUGUUGAAAAUAUGAGUUCAAACUGUAACAUAUUUGUUUGGUAUGGUUGGUGGGCGCAUGUAAAACGCCACUUUGACUGAAAAAAGUUAAAUUCCGACACAUCAAUGUUGUUUUUUUAAUUUUUGCACUUAGAAAAUAUUUUGUCUUUUUUUCAAAAUUACUAUCAAUCGGAUACUUUCUCCGUUUCACUUUAUUUGUCGUUUUAGAUUUAUACACACAAAUUAAAAAACGUUUAAUUUUGCAUACUUCCAAAACAAAACAUCAUUAUCUAUACACCUAAUCAUAUUUUAACUAAUAAAAAAAUAAAAUAAAGAAUAUUGUUAUUAAAUUUUGCAAUGAAAACAUAAAACGACAUUUAAAAUGAAACAAAAUUUUAAAUCUAAAACGACAAAUAAUACGAAACG